AUGUCUCCUGCACUGACUGCUGAUCCGUCACUGGGGGGUGACUCCCGGCUGCUGCUGGUUUCGAACCGUCUGCCUAUCACGAUCAGACGGUCCGAAGGUGGGAAAUAUGAGUUCUCCAUGUCCUCGGGGGGGCUGGUCACCGGUCUCAGCGGGCUGUCCAAGACCACCACUUUCCAGUGGUACGGAUGGCCAGGCCUCGAGGUGCCCGAGGACGAGGUUGAGAUCGUGCAGCAGCGACUGAACGACGAGUUCAACGCGACGGCCGUGUUUAUUGACGACAAGCUGGCUGACCGUCACUACAAUGGUUUCUCGAACUCGAUUCUUUGGCCCCUGCUUCAUUAUCACCCCGGUGAGAUCGUGUUCGAUGAGGGUGUGUGGGAUGCGUACCGCGAGGCCAACCAGCUCUUCGCCAAAACCAUCGCAGAGGAAGCUAGAGACGGUGACCUGAUCUGGGUUCAUGACUACCACCUGAUGCUGCUGCCACAGUUGCUCCGCGAAGAGCUUCAAUCAGCGGGCAAGAAGAACAUCCGCAUUGGUUUCUUCCUGCAUACUCCGUUCCCCAGCAGCGAGAUCUACAGGAUCCUGCCUGUACGAGGUCAACUGCUGCGCGGUGUCCUGCAUUGCGACCUGAUUGGCUUUCAUACCUAUGACUACGCACGGCAUUUUCUAAGCAGCUGCGCACAUAUCCUAGGUCUUGUGACAACACCAAGUAGUGUCAAAUUUGAGGGCCGGUCGGUAACCGUUGGGGCCUUUCCGAUAGGUAUUGACCCCGACAAGUUCACCGAGGGAUUGAAGAACCCCAAGGUUCAGAACCGCAUCGCCAGCCUGGAGAGCAAAUUCCAGGGAAUGAAGCUUAUGGUGAGUGUCGAUCGGCUGGACUACAUUAAGGGGAUCCCCCAGAAACUGCAUGCCCUCGAGGUCUUCCUUGCCAAUCAUCCAGAAUGGGUGGGGAAAGUGGUUUUGGUGCAAGUUGCAGUUCCCAGUCGGCAAGAUGUCGAGGAGUAUCAGAACCUUAGAGCUGUGGUCAACGAACUGGUUGGCAGAAUCAACGGCAAAUUCGGAACCGUGGAUUACAUGCCGAUUCACUUUAUGCACAAGUCUGUGAGCUUUGACGAGCUCAUUGCUCUCUAUGCCGUGUCCGAUGCCUGUGUGGUGUCGUCCACUCGGGACGGGAUGAACCUGGUGUCCUUUGAAUACAUCGCUACGCAGCAGAACCGCAACGGGGUCCUGAUCAUGUCCGAGUUCGCGGGCGCGGCGCAGAGUCUUAAUGGCAGCAUUGUUGUCAACCCCUGGAACACCGAGGAACUUGCCGACGCCUACCAUGAAGCGGUUUCAAUGAGUGAUGAGCAGCGGGCCAUCAAGUUUGAGAAGCUCUACAAGUAUAUUUCCAAGUAUACCAGUGCCUUUUGGGGAAAAUCGUUCGUGACUGAGAUGUCUCGGUGUUCGUAA